AUUAACUAUAAUAAGUAUCGACGCGGUUUCUCGCGAUGGAAUGAAUGUUAAUUAAUCAUACAAUUUUACCUUUUUUCUAUGAUCCAUAUAAAUGAAUGAAGUACUUUAAAAAAUUGAUAACAAUAUAAAUAAUUAGCCAAUCAAUCGCCCUCAUGCACAUGUGACUAAUUCACGCAUAUUUAUUUAUAUCUGCUUUGUAAAAAUGACUGAAAAAGAAAAUUCCUCCAACUUUCUUCUUGUUUUAUAAUCUCUUAAUGGCGCAGUUUUUAGCGAACGAAUUAUUAAUAAUAGCUUUUAAAGAAUUAUUAAACUUAACAAUGUGUAAAAGAUGGAAAAAUUUAAUCGAACUUGUAUUAACUGAAGAAAUCGAAUUCAGGUUAAAGAGCAAACUAUUAAUUGGGAAAAAGUAUUGUUUUAAUAAUUGUUCAAAAAAAAGUAUAAAGUAUGAUUUUUCGAAUUCUAGUUGUAAUAUUUUAAUAAAUGGUAAUAACUUUGAAUUGUAUUAUCCAUACUUUUUUAAUAUACUUGAAAAUAUUGAAAAAAGGAAAAUAAGUGUUCAUUUUAAAUAUGAAAAUAGGGAAGAAUAUUUAGUUGAAUUUAAUUUAGGUACUUUGUUAUUUUAUGAAGAAAGAAAUUCAAAUGAAAUGAUGGAAGUUAAAUAUAGUAUUGAAUGGAAUUAUAAAGAUUGUACGUGUAUAUCAAAAAAAGAUUCACAAUAUGAUUAUUUUGGUAUUAUUAUUAAAAUUGAAAAAUUGAUUAUAUCUUUGAAGAAAAUGUGUGUAAUUUUAGAUUUAUUGGAUGAGAAAUUAAAUACAAAGGACUAUCAAUAUAAAUAUAUAAUCAAACGACCUACAUUCGAUAUUGAUGAUUUUGUUUGUGAUUUUAGUCAUUUUACUUUAGAACUUUGAAUAAUUUAAGGGCCUAUUUAUUAAUUUAUAUGCAUAGUAUGUAUUUUUCUUAAGUAUUUUUUUUAAAUAGACAUUU